AUGACGACGGACAUACCGUCCUCGCAUAACAUGGCUUCCGAAGCCGUGCCUGAAGCUGAGCAAGUAUCUAGGGCUAUGAGCCUAAGUAACAGCGGGAAGAUGGAUGAAUUAAGUGAGAUGGGGGACGAAGAAGGCGUGUAUGAGUCAGAGACGCCGUCAGAAAGUGGAACGGAGGGGCUUACAUGGAUAUCAUGGUUCUGUUCUCUUGCAGGACACCAGUACUUUGCUGAGGUGUCCGAGGAGUUCAUUGAAGAUGAAUUUAAUUUGACUGGCCUCAACUUCCUAGUUCCGUUUUACAGAGAAGCGCUGGAAAUGAUUCUCGACAUUGAGCCUCAAGACUCAUUAAAGAUUCCUGAUAUAUCCAUCGUUGAGUCAUCUGCAGAGCUUUUGUAUGGUCUUAUUCACCAACGAUACAUUAUCACGCGUCAGGGCAUGCAGCAAAUGGUGGAAAAGUUCGAGCAGGGUCACUUUGGCAUAUGCCCCCGCAUAUUUUGCAACUCACAGUUCACACUGCCAUGUGGUCGUUCAGACUUGCCAGGUCUUGAUACAGUCAAGCUGUUUUGCCCCAAUUGUCUCGACAUUUACACGCCUCCCAGUAGCCGUUUCCACGGCAUUGAUGGCGCCUUUUUCGGGACGACGUUCCCCCAUCUCUUACUGCUUUCCUACCGGGAUUUGGCUCCAUCGAUCUUGGCUCCGCCCGAGCCACCAGCACAAGACUCACUCAACGAAACAAGCACACCCAUGGAUGAAUCACACUCCCCUUCUCCCUCUCCUGCAACCAAUGCUAUCAAAACGCUCUCUGUUGAUCGCCUUGGGCGGAAGAUACCACAAACUGGCAUAUACAUACCGCGCAUCUAUGGAUUCCGCGUAAGCAAGUUUGCACCCAGCGGUCCUCGUAUGCAAUGGAUGCGUAUGCGCCCCACUUCUCUAUCUGAGCUCAAUACCUGA